CAAAUGCAUUGGGCAGGGAAGACGCAAAAUUUUUAUUUGAUCUAUAUAUUACCAUUAGGAAAAUUCAUAUUCAUAUACAAGAGAAGAAAUAUGGCAGAACAUUAUAUGAACCAGGGAAAGGAAUAUGCAGAUGCAAGGCCAAAUUAUCCACCACAACUCUUCCAAUUCAUAGCUUCUAAAACUCUUUCACACAACCUGGCCUGGGACGUCGCCACCGGAACCGGUCAAGCUGCUAAAUCUUUAAGUACUUUUUACAAGAAUGUGAUUGCUACAGAUGCUAGUGAGAAACAACUUGAAUUUGCAGCCAAACUUCCUAACAUACGGUACCAACACACUCCAUCAACCAUGUCCAUGACUGAGCUUGAACAAAUGGUGUCAUCUCAAGGAACCGUAGACCUUGUCACCAUUGCUCAAGCCCUUCACUGGUUUGACCUCUCAAGUUUCUACAAACAAGUCAAUUGGGUUCUCAAGAAACCUCAUGGUGUCUUUGCUUGUUGGUGUUACACUUCACCAAGAGUUAAUGACGCAGUUGAUGCUAUGCUCAAUAACAUAUAUUCUCUUGCUUCAAAACCUUCUCGCGAUCCAAGAUGCGAGUUACUUGAGGAUCAUUAUAGUAGCAUUGAUUUUCCAUUUGAUCCUGUGGAAGGAGUUGAUCAUACGGGACCGUUCGAGUUUGAGGGCGAGACUGUGAUGGAUGUUGAUGAUUUCUUGAAUUAUAUAAGAUCAAGAUCAGCUUAUCAGGCAUUAAAGAAGAAAGGGGUUGAGCUUCUUAAGGAUGAUGUUGUUGAAAAAUUCAAACUUGCUUGGGGAGAUGAUGGUCAAAAGACUGCUAAGUUUGAAGUAUAUUUGAGAAUUGGAAAAGUAAGAGAUGUUUGAAAAUAGGGUUAAUAGUAGUUUACCCCCUUGUAAUAUGAGCGUGUUUCGAUUUAUCCUUCACUGUUGUCAAAGACAGGUUUUGGCAACGUUUUUUUUGAAAAAACCGUUGCCAAAAGGUAGGGAGGGGGGAAAAGCAAAAUUCGCUAACAUUACAGGAAGGUGAACUACUAUUAACAAGGGAUUAAGUACUCUGCCGCAGCAUGUUCUUCAAUAAUAAAUUUGUUAGAAAAUUAUAUUGUUUGCUUACUUCUUGCCUUAGUAUUGUAAGUUUGUAACUCAUGUUUCUGUCACUCUAUUUUGUCCAUUUUCAAAAUAAGAUUAGAGCUCUUAUUUUGGCUCUCAAACAUCAUAGUUGGAGAAGGUGAUGCUGUUGUGUAUGUGGCUUAGUCAAAUUUGCCAUCACGUUUAGUUUUGAAAAGAAAUUAACAAUGAAAAUAAAAUAUAGAUUCCAAACA